UACAAACUACUUCUUCUUUCGUGUUUCUGGUUACCACAGAUCGGUCGUUCUUUUCCGGUUUUAAUCUCGAGUUAGGCAGUUCACUUUGUGCGCUGGUCGUCUUCUAUCCAAACCUAAAAUGACGUCUAAAGUAUCGCGUGAUACUCUUUACGAAUGUGUGAACACUGUUCUUCAACACUCGCAAGAUAAAAAAAGGAAAUUUUUAGAAACUGUGGAACUGCAAAUUGGAUUGAAGAAUUAUGAUCCGCAAAAGGACAAACGUUUCUCGGGCACUGUCAAGUUGAAGAAUAUUCCAAGACCAAAAAUGCAAGUUUGCGUUCUGGGUGAUCAACAACAUUGUGAUGAAGCUAAAGCUAAUAAUAUUCCAUACAUGGAUGCAGAAGCAUUAAAAAAAUUGAAUAAAAAUAAGAAGCUUGUAAAGAAAUUAGCCAAAAAAUAUGAUGCGUUUUUGGCCAGUGAAUCUCUAAUUAAACAAAUCCCACGUAUUGUUGGACCUGGGCUGAAUAAAGCUGGUAAAUUCCCUGGUCUCCUUUCUCACCAAGAAUCGAUGGUUGGAAAAAUUGACGAGGUCAAAGCCACAAUUAAAUUCCAAAUGAAAAAGGUACUGUGUCUCUCUGUAGCAGUAGGACACGUCGAAAUGACUCCAGAUGAACUGGUUCAAAAUGUACAUCUUUCAAUCAACUUUUUGGUUUCAUUGUUGAAGAAGCACUGGCAAAAUGUGCGCUCUCUUCACAUCAAAUCUUCCAUGGGACCCCCUCAAAGACUGUACUAAUUUAGUUAGUACAAUUGUUUUUGAUGUGCAUUAAAUAAAAAAAGAGAAUAUAAUUCCAAUA